GUGACCGGGGAAGCCGCUUGGUAGAACUUGAGGAAAUGGACUCGUUUUUCCCCGGUGCCGCGGCCGAGGUGCGGGUCCCCUGGGGCCUGGCUGCUGCCCCACGGCCUGCGGGGCCUGCUGGGCUUCGUCCAGGGUUCUGGAGUUGAUUUAUGGGUUAAUUAAAACAGUUCCACGCUGUUCCAGUUUCUUCCAGUCACUUACCCUCCUCCACCUGAUUUCUGGAGUACUUUUUAUUAGUUGGAGGUUUAACAUGCUUCCAAAAUCCUUCAUAGCUCUUCUUUCUUGCUGUCUUACACAUUUCUCUCUUGCACACUGUCCAUAUAAACAACUCCUAUUUCCUUUUUUUUAAGCUAUUUUUUUUGUGUGUGAUUGUUCGUGACUUCUUUCCCAAAUACAUCAAGUUGCCUUCUCUGUGGUAAAUGCCAGAUAUUGCUGUUCUGUCCACCAAAAGAGUUUUGUUUUUUUUAGGAAUAAUAUGUUGAGUGUUUCAGUUUGAAUGCCACUAAAAAAAGUGAGGGCAUAAUUUCUGUUGUAUCUGAAGGACAAAAGGAGAGAUCUGGUGAAGUCUGUUGUACUUGAACACCUUCUUUGUAAAUUGUUAAUAAAUAAUAAAUACCAAAAGCUCCAGAGCUGUGUCAGUGCUGCCCCUUUCCCACCUUGAAGAUAAAAGUACCACGGCUACCAUAUCUUCAUGUAUUUUUGUGACACUUCUGUUUGCUUGUAAUUGUGCAGGCAAUGGAACCAAGUACAGAGAUUUGUGAGAUGGGCCUCGACGAUAGGAGGUCACAGCAUCGGGAAGAUCCUGAUCGCGAACCGAGGCGAAAUCGCGUGCAGGGUGAUGCGAACAGCCAAGAAGAUGGGUGUGAAGUCUGUGGCCGUUUAUAGUGAAGCAGACAGAAAUUCUAUGCAUGUAGCAAUGGCAGAUGAAGCGUACUGCAUCGGUCCAGCACCCUCACAGCACAGUUACCUGGCCAUGGAGAAGAUUCUGCAGGUGGCCAAGGUCUCAGCAGCACAGGCCAUUCAUCCAGGUUAUGGUUUCCUCUCAGAAAACACAGAGUUUGCAGAGUUGUGCAAGCAAGAGGGAAUCAUCUUCAUAGGUCCGCCUUCAUCUGCUAUCAGAGAUAUGGGUAUUAAGAGCACUUCCAAAGCUAUAAUGUCUGCUGCUGGCGUUCCUGUUGUUGAAGGUUAUCAUGGAGAAGAUCAGUCAGACGCGUGUCUAAAGGAACAUGCCAAGAGAAUAGGAUACCCAGUAAUGAUUAAAGCUGUUCGUGGAGGUGGAGGAAAGGGCAUGAGAAUUGCUCACUCAGAGAAGGAGUUCCUGGACCAACUGGAAUCAGCUCGGAGAGAGGCAAAGAAGUCUUUCAAUGAUGAUGCAAUGCUGAUUGAGAAAUUUGUAGAUAAUCCAAGGCACGUUGAAGUCCAAGUAUUCGGUGACCAGCAUGGCAACGCUGUCUAUCUGUUUGAAAGAGACUGCAGCGUGCAGAGAAGGCAUCAGAAGAUCAUUGAAGAGGCACCAGGGCCAGGAAUUAAUCCUGACGUUCGGAAGAGACUGGGAGAAGCUGCUGUGAAAGCAGCCAAAGCAGUGAAUUACGUGGGAGCGGGAACAGUGGAAUUCAUUAUGGACUCCCAACACAAUUUUUACUUCAUGGAGAUGAAUACCAGGCUGCAAGUAGAGCACCCAGUUACAGAGAUGAUCACUGGGACAGACUUGGUGGAGUGGCAGCUUAGGGUUGCAGCAGGAGAGAAGAUUCCCCUGAGGCAGGAGGAGAUUCUGCUCCGUGGCCACGCGUUUGAAGCUCGAAUAUACGCUGAGGACCCCAAUAACAACUUCAUGCCAGGGGCUGGGCCGUUGCUGCAUUUAUCCACCCCACAGCCUGAUCAGUUCACCAGGAUAGAAACUGGAGUCAGACAAGGUGAUGAAGUUUCUGUUCAUUACGACCCAAUGAUUGCAAAGCUGGUCGUUUGGGCUGAGGAUCGUCAAGCGGCGCUCAGAAAGCUGCGAUACAGUUUGCAUCAAUACAAUAUUGUAGGAUUAAGCACUAAUAUUGAUUUCUUACUGAGCCUGUCAGGACACCCGCAGUUUGAGGCUGGAAACGUGCACACUAAUUUCAUUCCUCAACACCAUGAUGAACUAUUUCCAACCAAAAAGGCGACCCCAUACGAAGUUGUGUGUCAGGCAGCUCUGGGACUCAUCCUGAAAGAGAAAAUGCUAACAGAUGCUUUUCGAGAGCAGUCAGAUGAUAAAUUCUCACCAUUUGCAUCCAGCACUGGUAGAAGAAUAAAUAUAUGUUAUACCAGAAAACUGUCUCUGCUGGAUGGGGAAAACGUUGUGGAUGUAGCUGUCAGUUACAAUCAAGAAGGUUCAUACAACAUGCAGAUUCAAGAUAAAACGUUCCUGAUUUCUGGGGAGAUGCUCAAAGAAGGUGAUUCACUUUACUUGAGGUCUUCAGUGAAUGGAACAGUGUGUAAGGCCAAAUUGGUCAUUUUGGACAACACCAUUUACCUCUUCUUUCCGGAAGGGAGUGCUCAGAUUGGCCUCCCUGUACCCAAGUACCUGUCUGCGGUGAGCUCGGCGGGGGAGCAGAGCGGUGCCGUAGCGCCCAUGACAGGCACCGUGGAAAAGGUGUUUGUGAAAGCAGGGGAUAAAGUUCAGAUUGGAGACCCUCUAAUGGUUAUGAUAGCUAUGAAAAUGGAGCACACCAUAAGGGCUCCAAAGGCAGGAGUGAUCAAAAAGGUUCAUUUCCAAGAAGGUGCCCAGGCCAACAGACAUGCUCCGCUGGUGGAAUUCGUGGAUGAAGAAGCCGAGUCCAAAUAAAAUUCAAGGAAGGUGCAUUUUAUUUUUUUCCUACCUUGCUGAUUUUCUCUAAGGAGGAGACUUCUUCGUAUUUUCAGCAGACUGUUUUGUAUAACGGACUGGGGGAUUGGUUUCCUCUGCACCUCCUGGAUAGUUUGACUGUCAAUGAUGCUGCCCUUACUGAAAUUUGGAUAUCACUAUACUGUAAUCGUAUAUAUCACUCGUGGACCUACGUGCUUGGUGUUCAGUGGUUGUGUUUGCCUGUGGAAAGGCAUUUGGUUGGAAAAAACGUGGAACUCCUAAAGGCUGGGAGAGGUUGGUGGGGAGUGAGUUAGAGGCAGGCAGGGCUCCUGUGCCUGCACUGCAUUCAGCACAGCUGCCUUCUUUCCCCACGGUGGGAGAGCGUUGGUCAGAAGGGAACCUGAAAGGUGACAAUUGUUUUAUGAAUCCAGUUAUCUGGAAAAAAAUUCCUGUUUGUGGCUUAUGUUUUUGCCUGAAGAGGGAGUUCAGGUUUGUUCCUUAGCCCAGGAUCCCUCUGUGGCAUUUUUGGUGCAUCUUUUUUCAUAUUUACCUCAAUGAGUAGUGAAAAUUUGCAUUUCAAAAAUUACUUAAUAUACUUUGGAGUAUCUGAUACAAAGCAUUUUUAAAAUGCAUGUUAGCAUUUGCUACACUAAUCAAAGCUGGAACAUAACUACUUUCCAAAAAUAUCGUUUGAUCUUUAAACAUAAGGCAGAAGCACAGAAAGAUAAUAUGCAUAUUUAAUAGUGUGCCAAAAUAAAAUACUGACUUCAAAAUCCUCAUUGCUUUUCCCAUAUUGUUCACAUCCUAAUUUAUUACUUAUUGGCUGGGAUGGAGUAUACCAAAGUCUUUGUAACAACCUGAAAUAUGACUAAGAAUAAUGGUCAGAUUUUUUUGUAUCUGCAGUGUGGCAGAAGAGAAAAUUGGUGGGGUUUUUUGAUACGCAAAGAAAAUAUUUCUCUGACACAACUUAUUGAUCAUUUGCCUUACGUUUAUUUUAACUUUUUUAAAAAACAGCUCGGUAAAACAGGAAAAGAGAAAGGAUAACACGUUUUAAUUGUUGCAAACUCGCAGAUCUUUUUGCCUUCCAGUUAAGGUGAAGCCCUGCUUGUCAUAGGAACCCUUGAUACACCCAUAGAAGCCGAUAGCAGGGUUUGUGCUGCAA